AGGACGACACUCAGCACAGUUCGUACAGCGUCGCCACUCGGAUAGCCAUGAAGCUGAUCGUCGCCGUUGCUGUGCUGGUGGUCGUGGCCGUGGCGGACAAGCCGGCGCCCGCCGCCUACCCGCCGCCGCCGCCCUACGGCUACCCCAAGCCCGUCGUCAAGAUCCUCUCGUCCACUGACUCGCGGCCCGAAGACCAGAGCUACGAGUUCUCGUACACCAGCGAGGACGGCAUCGAGCGGAGCGAGAGCGGCGCCCCGCUGCCCGACUCCGGCUACUCUGAGGGCGGCUACAGCCAGCAGGGCAGCGUCAAGUACCUGUCGCCCGAGGGCACGCCCAUCGAGCUCUCCUUCGUCGCCAACGCCGACGGCUUCGUUGCCACGGGCGACCACCUGCCCACCCCGGUGCCCAACCCGUACGACCGGCUGUAAGCGGCUGAACCCCGCUGGGGAGCAGCUGCGCCAGCGCAUCACAAGGCUGCAGAGCCAGCCCACGUGGCAUCGCCACAGGCUGCGGGAUUUCCCCAUGGAGGUGGGACUGACCUGAGCGCCACCUCAGUGAAGUGGGGGUGGGCUGGGCGCCACCCCAGUCAUGUGUGAUAAUUGUCGACCGAGUUCGGCAAAUAUUUAUGUACUCACCAGUUUUUCGUGAAAAUAUACUUUGUGACGCAUUU